AUCAGCAGACUGUACUCUGCGUUACAGUUAUAUGGGGCGGCAUUACAAUGGAUGAGGGUCCUUUAGAGGAUGGACAGAUAAAUGUUGCUGUUGACUGGAAACAACGAUAAAAUGCUGCCUUGGAAGAAGAAUAAGUUCGACUUGAUUGAGGAAGACAAGCAGUCCAAGCAGAAGGGCUAUGCGGUGAGUCUCAACUACUCUGCGCUCACCUCCUUUGCCAAGUCCUGCCCCGAGAGCGCGAUCAACAGGGUGGGCAGCAUGUUUAAGUCAAAGAGGAAAAAGGUGAAGAUCACCAGCGAGGACCCCACCUACACAGUGCUCUACCUGGGGAAUGCCACCACUAUCCAGUCUAAAGGAGACGGCUGCACGGACGUUGCGGUGAGCAAGAUCUGGGGCAAAAGCGAUAUGGGCAAGAACGGCACCAAGAUGAGGCUGACCAUCAGCUCGCAGGGCAUCCGUAUGGUGCAUGUGGAUGACAAAGCGAGGAGGCCGGGACACUUGUACUUGCUGCACCGGAUAACCUACUGCGUCGCGGACCCACGGCUACCCAAGAUUUUCGCUUGGAUUUACAGGCAUGAGAUGAAGCACAAGGCCGUGAUGCUGCGCUGCCACGCAGUGUUAGUGUCCAAGCCGGAGAAGGCAAAGGCCAUGGCGCUGCUUCUUUACCAGACCUCGGCCACAGCCCUGGCCGAGUUCAAAAGACUUAAGCGGAGGGACGAUGCCAGGCACCAGCAGCAGCAGCUCAUAGGGGAGCAAACGAUCCCGUUAGUCCCCCUUAGGAAGCUGCUGAACGGACAGUGUUACUACAAACCUCCGGUGGAGCGCAGCCGGAGCGCGCCUAAGCUGGGCUCCAUUACAGAAGACUUGGUCGGCGAAGAAGAAGAGGAGAAAGCGAUGCACUUUGAGUGUGAGGACAUCCUAGAUACAGAUCAUGAUUGUGUUUCCAAUGGUAAACAGGAGUUGACUCAGAUAAUUAAUGACUUGGGAGAAAUGAGCAUAGGAAACGACGUGCAGACACUGAAAGCUGACCUCAGAGUCACCAGACUCCUCUCUGGGGAGAGCACGGGGAGUGAAUCCUCUAUUGAAGGCAACCAGGAGCCACCUGCAAUCACUAACGGGUUUGAAGAGGUAAAGGUGCAGGAAAUUGCCUGAAUAACUUCAGACAUUUCUGGGCACAGUGGUUUGUUGAGCCACAAUGACUCCGCAAGAAAUAUUUCCUCUGUCGUUAACUUUGUGUUGGAGUGUCUGUCUAGUCUGUGCCUCUACAACUAAUUGAGAUGAUCCAGAAAAGAUCAUCUGAGGUUCUUACUGCCACGUGGAGUUACCCAGUAAUUAGGCUACUAAAAGAUAUUUUAAGAUGGUGUAAACACAGAAUAAUAAGGAAAACAAGUGCACGUCUGGUUGACAGAUAACUGGUCAAUCGACAAAGUUGCAGUGGCUUUAGGAUGAACGGCACUAAUUCCAUGUCUUUUAUUUAAGAGGAUUUGUUGUAGAAUCAAGCUUGUUUACCUAACCCUUUUUGUCUCACUUGAAAAUAGACUUUUUUUUCUGUUUAAACUUGCUCCAAACAUGAUUGAAAAAAAGCCCAUGCCUCUUUUAGAGCACAUUUUGUUCUUAGGUAUUGAGUGGGUGUAAACAAUCAUCAUCUUAAUGUUCCUGUCACCCUUUUCAUUUAUUUGAUUUUGCACUGUUGUGGAAUUCUUCUUUUAAGUAUUAUGUUGAUUACCAUGUACAUACUGUUGGUAUGUUGCCCAAAAA